AUGCCCGCCACAACAAUGAAGCAAGCCCAAGUCUCCGCCUGGGGCCAACCCCCCACCUGCACCACCGUCCCCAUCCCCGCCCUCCCCGCCGGCCCAUCCUCCUCCUCCUCCUCCUCCUCCUCCCCGGCCUCGUCAACCACCACCACCUCGGACGACACGAUGGUCCAGAUCCGCGUCCUAGCCGCCGGCCUCCCCACCCUCGUCCGCUCCCGCGCCGCGGGGACGCACUACAGCACCGCGUCGACGCCGCGGGCGCUGCCGCACGUCCCGGGCGUCGACGGCGUGGGCACCACCGUCCCGGACGGGCGCCUCGUCUACUUCUCGACCUUGAUGGUGCAGCAGGCGGCGGCCCCCGGCGGUGGUGGGGGCGGCGGCGGCAGUAGUGGCAGCAGCGGCAGCUUCGCAGAGGUGGUCAACGUCCCGCGCGCGGCGACGGUGCCGGUGCCGGUUUCGUUGCCGUUCUCGUCUUCGUCUGCGGGGGUCAACGACGACGACGACGACAACAACGUGCGGAUCAGGUCGGUCGCGGUGCAAGUCGCGGGCCAGAUGAACGCGGUGAUGGCGUCGUGGAUGGCGCUGGCGGCGCGGGUGCGGCCGGUCGUCCCGGCGGCGGAGCCCCCGGCCGGGUGGACGGCGGUCGUGGUCGGGGCGACGGGGCUGGCGGGGGCGGCGGCCGUGGGCGUGGCGCGGGAGUGGGGCGCGGGCAGGGUCGUCGGCGUGGGGCGCGACGCCGCCAGGCUGAUGGACGGCGGGCUGGGGCUGGAUGCGGUGGUCGUGCUGCAGGGCGGGGACGGGGACGGGGACGGGGACGGCGCUGCUGCUCAUACGGAUUACGGCGUCGCGGCUGAGGCGGACGUGGUGCUGGAUUUCUUGUACGGUCCGCCGGCGUUGGGGCUGCUGAGGGCGCUGAGGCCGAAGCGCCCCAAUGGCUGCCAGUACGUGCAGAUUGGGACGGUGGUGCAGAGGGAUAUGGCGUUGCCGGGGGAUGUUUUGAGGAGCAAGGAUAUCACAAUGAGAGGGGCUGGGCCCGGCGCCUGGCAGAUGGAAGCGUUUGCGGCCGAGGCGCCGAAGAUGGUGGAGGCGAUUGUGGCGGGGAAGAUCAGGCCGUACAAGUUUCGGGAAGUGAAGCUGGAGGACAUUGAGGAGGCUUGGGGCCAGAAGGGUGGGGAUCGCAUGGUCAUUGUUCCUCAAUGA